AUGGCUUCGCUAACAGAUUAUUGUCAACGUUACCUUUUGGAGAUCAUUUUCAAAAGUUCGCAUUCUAUUUUCAAAGAAUGGUCUUCUCAAUAUAAGAAAGAUGUCGAUAUGACAUUGUCAUCAAAGAUCUACCUAUCUUUGGUGUAUUUGGCUAUAUUAUGUAUGCCAACGAUCACUCCAAAGCCAAUAUACUUUGUGAAUAUGAAAGAGAUCGUUCAGCAGGGACUCAAGUAUCCAACCAAUAUCUUUGUAAAGUUUGAGCGCUCUCUUCCAAAGGGUGGAACAGAAUUCCAUAGAAAGCUACUCGAUCGACUCAUUAGCCUUCUCGAGAAUGACAUGGUCUUGACGCUGAGUAUCAUUUUCAAUGGAUUCGGUGAUUCCAUUGAUACUCUUGGCCGAUUGGUUCCUCAUCUCGCUCGUGCUCACCGAUUGAUCAUACAUAUCCGGUUUAUGAAACUCAACUAUUUCGACGAGUUUCACGAUGAUCCCGUUGGAACCUGGCGAGGAAAAAGAGCUCACAAAAGAAAAUACAACCAAGUUGAUUAUAAUAGAAUGGUUGCUCCACAUCUACAGUUCCUAAAUAGUUUGAAGAAUAUCGAUACUCUGUACAUCGGGGAUUUAGAAAUCAGUCAGGAAUUAGAUAUUUUGCAAUCGGUCUAUGAUAAUCACUCGCACUCACUGCAAUCUAUUCAUCUUUUACUUCGUGGACAUUGCUGGCAGUACCUGACCGAUCAAAAAUCAAUCAAGUCAAACAAAACGAUCAAAAGACUAUCGAUUGGAAAUCACAUUCCAAGCAUUAGAACAGUGUUUUCGAAUUUAACUCAUUUAGUUUGGCAACUCCCAGAUAAUCUUCCCAAUUCUGAUACUCUGUUUUUAGUUGAUCCAUAUUGCAAGAUUCAUACUCUAUCAAUUUACAACGAUACAAACAUAGCUCACAAUUAUAAAUUUCUAUUCGAAAUGAUAACAAGCAACAAAACAAUUAAAAGACUGUACAUAGAUAGUUUACUUUCAUCUAAAAAAGACAACAUCAAUCUCGAUUACUUUUUGAGAACAAACACUACAAUCAGAGAGUUCACAACCAAAGACAAAAUGAUUCAAAAGAAUUUAAAAAGUGGAAUAUUCACAACCAUUUUAAAAGAUGAAAACAAUCAUAUAACUUAUAAAAGAUAA